UAUCCAUAGAUGCAUUGUAAAUUUGCUCGCUGGAGAGGCUGAGAAACCAGACGAAGAUGAUAUUGAACUCCUUUACCACAUGAUGCGUACCUUUGGCGAAUUCCUGGACCACCCCUCUGGAUCUAAGAAAGAGCAAAUGGAUUCGUAUUUUGAAGAGAUGGUAAAGAUGUCAAACCGCCAAGAUUUGUCUUCUAGGCUGAAGGUGAAAUUGGUUGAUUUGGUUGGGUUGAGAAAGCGUAACUGGAAGAAGGAAACAGCUGGGGAGCUGGCGAUGCAAAUCUUUGUGAAGACAAUGAGGGGUACAACGAUUCCCCUUGAGGUUGAACCGUCAGAAACCAUCUACAGGGUGAAGGAAAAGAUUCAGGAAAGUGAAGGCAUGCUGCCAGAGCAGCAACGCCUUGCCUUUUCUGGCAAGCUCAUUGAGGACCACCUUACGCUUGCGGACUACAAUGUCAAAAAGGAAUCCACCAUCCACCUUGUCCUCUGCCUCCGCGGUGGGGGCAGUGAAGAAGGGAGGCUGAGCUCCAUAUCUUGUGCAAUUCACGGCAAACCAUUUUGAUAGAAGGGUGUUCUCGAAUUAGGCAUUUCUUACUUGAUGAUUAUGCCUUUAGUUUUGCUUUGGAAAUGUUUCGUUCUCUUAUGAUGGAUUUGCUAUGUAAGUAUGUGACUGACUGAUGGUUGAUUUUCAUUUUUAUAAAUCGUAAAGAAUGGGUUGAUUUUCA